AGCUGUUUCGUGUACAAUCUGGUAUUGCUGCUGACGCACUGCCCCGUGAUUAGUCAGUUGGUUUAGGUUUAUUUAGUACGCCAUUUUCGUUGCUUACUGAAAGAAAGAAAAGUUACUGCAGGAUCAAAAUUUUACAGAAUGGCCACCAGAAAGAAAGUUCUUCUCAAGGUUAUCAUCCUAGGAGACUCAGGAGUGGGAAAAACAAGUUUAAUGAACCAGUAUGUCAACAAAAAAUUUUCAAAUCAAUACAAAGCAACCAUUGGAGCAGAUUUUUUGACAAAAGAAGUGAUGGUAGAUGACCGAAUAGUUACAAUGCAGAUCUGGGACACAGCUGGGCAGGAGAGGUUUCAAUCAUUGGGUGUUGCUUUCUAUCGAGGAGCUGAUUGUUGUGUGCUGGUCUUUGAUGUCACAUCUCCAACGUCGUUCAAAGAUCUCGACAGCUGGAGAGAUGAAUUUUUAAUCCAGGCAUCACCUAGGGACCCAGACAAUUUCCCGUUUGUUGUUUUAGGAAAUAAAAUUGAUCUCGAAAACCGUGCGGUUUCGGCUAAGAGAGCACAGCAGUGGGGUCAACUGAAGAACAAUAUCCCUUACUUUGAGACAAGUGCGAAGGAGGCAAUAAACGUGGAACAAGCGUUUCAGACAAUCGCUAAGAACGCCUUGGCCCAGGAGAACGAGGUGGAGUUGUAUAAUGAGUUCCCGGACCAGAUCAAGCUGACAGGGGAGCAAAAGUCCUCAGCCACCGAUGCUUGCUCUUGUUAACCCUUUUAUGGAAGAUCUUCAGGGGGCUCCGAAAGCCACAAUUGUGAACAGGUGUAAAGGAUAACACCACAACAACUACAUUGAGACUUGGAUUCAGUUCAACAAGAUCAGCCUUUAUUUGGUUCAAACUCUUGUUUACUAUAAAUAUAGUUAAUAUAAAUGUAAAAAACUAUUAUUUUUGUAACAUUUCUGUUGUAUAUUUUAUUGAUUAAAUAUUAUAAUAGUUCGGAUAAUUGCAAUCGCUCUCUUUAUCUGAGAUCUGUUCACAUUCCCUGGCUUCAUGUGUGAUACUUUCAGCACGAACUCAUUUCUUAUUGAUUUAUAUAUUAUUAACAGAAUAUUAAACAUUAAGGUUUUAUAUUGCAACUAUACAUACUAUAAAUAUAACAUGAUAUGAUUAGUGAGUAAUUUUAUCUCUGAAAGUUGAAUGAUGACUUGAAAUCUGUACAUAAGGAAAGGCUGCAAGCGGCAAGUCCAGGAUAUACUGCAAGUUCUGUGAUUACAAGUCUUAUUCAGCUAGAGAUGAAGCUACUUUUGAUUUUAUAUUGUUAGCUAGAUUUCUGUUAUGAUGUUUUUAUGUUAAUGUUUUAAUAUAUUUGUAUAGAGUAUCUCUAUUAAGCAAGUAAACUAAGCAUUGUUUUUCGAGAUAAGUCUAUAUGAAAUUAUGUUUUCGCUCAUGUGAUGAAUCAAUAUUAAGCGUAUUUAUGCUUAUCUUUGACCUGGUUUACUUGCUCUUUCAUUUAGGGUUUUAAUAUAAUUUAGUAUGUGUAGAUAAUUUAUAUAUACUUAAGUUAUACUGUAAAAUAUUUUAUCACAGUAGAUAAAAUUUAAUCACUCAUCCAAACCACUGCAAACAUAGGUAUUUGUUUGUAGAAAUGCAGCUUUGUGUAUAGCAAAAUGCCUCUUUCAGUGUUACAUUAAAUAAAAUAAAUGAAAACUGUAAAAUAUAUAUUUUGUGGAAUC